CUCACGAGGCGUUUGGUCUUUUCAUUCCGCGUGUCAACUUUGUGAACUCAUGCGCCCGUGCAGAGAAUGAAAACCUAAGCCCAUUACAGUUUAACGUAGAUUAUAAUAACAUUAUCUAAACAUAACACUAAAAUAACCUCAUAUGAAUGCUGUUUGAUCUGAACAGUUUGUAAAUACUGAGAAAUCCCCACUCGUUACUGUUUAGUUGCCUGUCAUUUGGUUUGUUCUCGUGGCCGGUGUCGGCUUUUUGGUGAGUUUGAAUCGAAACGGAUUUAACGAUCAAAUCAUGUCAGAGGAGCUUGAACGCAUCUUGUCGCAGCUGACACAACCGGAUAACGCUGUUAUUCAGCAGGCGACAGCUCAGUUGAAACAAGCAUUUAAAGAUCCAGCCAUCAUCCCUGCAUUAUGUGCAGUUAUGACUGGAUCACAGGAUCCACAGAUACGUCAGUCAGCGGCUGUGAUGCUGAGGAUGAGGGUGAAAAAGCACUGGAAGAAGAUCAGUCCAGAUCACAGAGAGAGUCUAAAGGCAGUGGUGCUGCAAGCUUUUCAGCAAGAAACAGAGCAUACAGUUCGUCAUUCAAUUUCUCAGCUGAGCGCAGUGCUAGUAAAACAUGAGACCCCUGAAAGCUGGCCUGCUCUCCUCACCCUACUGAACCAGUCAACCAAAAGCAACAACCCGAAAGACAGACAGGUUGGUUUGUUACUGCUGAGCAAGGUUGUAGGAUCGAACCCAGAGCCCUUUAAGCCCCACUACAAACAGCUUCUUCAAUUAUUCGGCACUGUUCUUCAAGACUUGAGCAACCCAACGGCUCUCUACUACUCCAUUCUCACGCUCACAUCCAUCACGGCCUACACCGGCACAGAGGAGAUGAACUUAAUGCGAUCUCUGAUCCCAAAACUGAUCGUUGCUCUUAAGCACCUCAUUCAGGCAGACCAGGAUCAGGCCAGCGAAGCAAUGGAGGUUUUUGAUGAGCUGAUGGAAAGUGAGGUGUCAAUUGUUGUCCCACACAUCGCAGAGAUUGUGCGGUUUUGCCUGGAGAUCAGCGCAGAUGUUUCUCUCAGUGAUUCUCUGCGAGUUAAAGCUCUGUCGUGUAUCGCAUUUCUCAUCAGACUUAAAAACAAGGCUGUAUUGAAGCACAAGCUUUUACAGCCUAUCCUGCAAGUAGUUUUUCCCAUACUAAGUGCAGCGCCUCCUCCUGGAGAGGAGGACCCGGAGGAUAAUGAGAGCGACACUGAGGACAACAGUGAGAAUCCUAAACACUUUGCUGUUCAGGUGAUUGACACCAUGGCUCUUCAUAUGCCCCCUGAAAAACUCUUCAACCAGCUGAUGCCUCUUACUCAGGCCUGUCUGGCCAGUGAGAACCCAUAUGAACGCAAGGGAGGUCUCAUGUGUUUGGCUGUGUUGGCCGAGGGCUGUGCAGAUCACAUCCGCACCAAGUUGCUGUCAUCAAUGCUUCAAACAGUGUGUCGCAGUUUAUCUGACAGUAACCAGGUGGUCCGAAGCGCAGCACUCUUUGCCCUCGGGCAGUUUUCAGAACACCUACAGCCGGAUGUGAGCAAAUUUCAUGCUGAGCUGAUGCCAUUGUUGCUUGGAUACUUGUCUGCAUUAAACCAGUCCACGAUCGGCCACAUGACCAAAGCCUUCUAUGCCCUGGAGAACUUUCUAGAGAACUUAGGUCAAGAUAUCGAGCCCUAUCUGCCCACUUUAAUGGAAACUAUGUUGUCUGGACUUAACAAUGCUGAAAACUUUAAACUCAAAGAGCUGACUGUCAGCGCUAUUGGAGCAAUAGCGAAUGCAGCCAAAGAGAUGUUAGUGCCUUACUUUCCUCCAGUGAUUGAGAGUUUGAAGGGCUUCCUGAUAGACACACGAGAAGAGAUGAGGGCCUUGCAGACACAGGCUCUGGACACCCUCUCUGUGUUGGCCCGCAGUGUCGGUCAGGAAGUCUUCAGUCCAUUGGCAGCUGAAUGUGUACAGUUAGGUUUAAACCUCACUGAUGCAGUGGAUGAUCCAGACCUGAGGCGCUGCACAUAUAGCUUAUUCUCGUCUGUAUCUGCAGUGAGUCCUGAUUGUUUAAUUCCUCACCUGACGUCCAUCACCACUGUGAUGCAGCUGUCACUCAGAUCUACAGAGGGUGUGACGGCUCAUUUAGAGGAAGAAAAACAGUUUGUGCUCCUGGAUGAUGAUGAUGAUGCUGAUGAGGAGGAGGGCGAUGCUGUUUUAGAAGAAGAUGGAGACAAUGAGGUCGAUGACAGAGAUGUUGCAGGGUUCAGCGUGGAAAAUUCUUACAUCGAUGAGAAGGAAGAUGCCUGUGAUGCUUUGGGUGAAAUCGCUUUUAACACGGGAGUGGCGUUCCAGCCCUUCCUGGAGUCUAGCUUCCAGCAGGUGUAUGAGCUCCGUGAUUUUCCCCAUCAGGAUGUUAGGAGGGCCGCCUUUAGCGCGAUGGGCCAGUUCUGCCGAGCUCAGCACAAAGUAUGGCAGGAAAUCCCAACCGAGGCCAACCACCAGGCUCUGCAUAAGUUGUUGGAGGUAGUUUUGCCCUGUUUUUUGGAGGCAAUAAGACAGGAGAGGGAAAGGCAGGUGGUGAUGGCUGUUCUGGAGACUAUGAAUGCAUUGAUUAAAUCCUGCCAGGGGGAGGCACUGCAGGCUCCAGGGAGACUGGCUGAGAUCAGUAAUGCCAUCAGAGAUGUGCUUAAGAAAAAGACUGUGUGUCAGGAUGUGGGUGAAGAUGAAGCAGACGAUGACGACCAGCAGGCAGAGUUUGAUGCCAUGCUUCAGGAGUUCGCAGGUGAAGGGAUUCCUGUUUUAGCAUCAGCUGUUCCCGCAGAGACCUUUUACCCUCACCUCAAUGACCUGCUGCCUCUCAUCAUGAGCAAAGCCAAAUCCUCAUGCACUGAAGCAGACCGCUCAUUUUCCAUCGGCACAAUUGGCGAGACCCUCCACGCAUUGGUGGACGUUGCUGGAGGCAGGGCGGUUGCCGGGCGUCUGUCCAAUCGGCUGCUGCCGGUGCUCGUGGCAGGAGUUAGGGACAGUGACCCAGAAGUGCGCAAUAACAGCGUGUUUGCACUGGGAUCUCUCGCACAGGCCGCCGGUCCCAUCGUUGCCAAUGACUACCCCAUGAUGCUGUCGCUUUUCUCUAAUCUGCUCUCUAAAGAGUCCGACCUGAGAGUGAUUGACAACCUGUGUGCUGCCCUCUGCAGGAUGAUCCUGAGCCAUGUGGAGGGGGUCCCACUCGAACAGGUAUUUCCUGCACUUGUGGCUUGUCUCCCUCUUAAGGAGGAUAUGGAGGAGAACAAGACCAUCUAUAAAUGUCUUGCGUUUCUUUAUUCAAACAACCCUACGCUGGUUGUUAGUCAGCUCAAGCCAAUAAUAUCCGCUGCCAGUCAUCUACUGGGCACAAAGAACAUUGAUAUUGAAACUCAAAAUGCUAUGUUGAUGGUGCUCAGAGGUCUGGCACAGCAGCACUCGCAGGAAUUUCAGAAUGCUGUGAUGUCACUUCCGGAUGAAAAGAGAAACGUGAUGACCAUGGCUGUCAGUCAAUCAUAGCACCUUAUCCCAGAGGUCUUCCACUCUUGUGAAAGCUAGCCAAAUAGAUAAUAGGAUUUUUUAUUAUAUUAGUAAUUGGCAAAAUCCAUUAGCUGAGCAUAAACUCACUGGAGCACUUGGCUAUAAUACAGCAGUAAAGGGGUUGAGACGAUUAUCUCUUAAAUUAUUGCCUAGUUCAUGUUUUGUCCGUUUUAUUUUGUUUUACUAAUCUGUGUCAAGGUAUAUGUCGUCUUUUUCCAUUAUUGUUUACUUUGUCAUUUGUGUGCAUGUCUCAAUGAAUUUCCUGCUUUGCCACCUAUUGUUCAUAUUCCAUGAAAUUACGGCUUAAUAUUCGAGUGUGAAGCCUUGAAUUGCUUUUGUGGUGGAAAAAAUAUAUUUCUAUGAACUGUU